AUGGCUUCUUCAAACGAGAAACCGGAAACAAUCACAGGCGGCUGCCUCUGCGGAUCGGUUCGCUACACUGCGACUUUCCCACCAAACCACGACUUUGCCGACAGCUCAACCACAUGCCAAUGCGAGCAAUGCCGCAAAAACACCGGCGCCCUCAUCUUCUACUCCCACCGGCUCCCCAAAUCCGCCGUCCAGUUCACGUCCAAGGAGACGCUCAAGCUCUACUCGGCCACGCCGCACUUUGAGCGCGGCUUCUGCAGCAACUGCGGGGGACUGCUCUUCUGGCAAAGGGAAAACCACGAGAACAUCUGCCUCACGGUGGGUUGCUUCGACAGGCCCGUUUUGGAAAAGUACGGGCCGCUGUUGACGUCGGCCAAGAGGCAUCUGUUUUGUGAAAGGGAGAUUCCUGGUGUUACGGAUCAUUUACGUGGGAGCAGAUAUCCAGGGGAUGAUGAAUGA